AAUAUGCAUGUCCUCGCCGUAGAGGUCGAUCGAGUCGUCUUUACUCCGUAUCCUACCCAGCUAAAGACAUCCGAGGCAAACAUAUGCCUCUGGGCCUCUUGUUAUCACUGUCGAAUCUCUUCCUUGAGUCAGGCUCUUAUAGAUGCUCUACCACAAUGGCCAUAUGUCUUAGAAAUCAUCACGCGCCUGUCUUGUGCUAUCGAUGUCAGAAAUUCGCUUGUGAAAAGAGAGCCGUCACUGCUGCCUCGUCUUCUAACCCAUGCUUUGGAGUCUCGAGUUGAAAGCAGAAAGUAUGUGGAUGCUGCCGUAGCCCUUUUAUCUCACCCUCUACCUUCCGAUGUGGCUCUUCCAGCGACUGCUCAGAACUUUCUGCUUCAGUUGUUCGACCGUGCUGCUACACAGCCCAACGCCGUGACUGUCCAGCAGAUACAUCGACUGGUUUAUGGAGCCUGCAAACCCAUCCUCGGAGUUCUUUCCCCGGGUGUUCUGGCUCACCUGGAGGAGUAUAUCUUCUCGAUUCUCAAAAGCUCUUCUGGUGUUGAGGAUCAGUCUCUGGGCAUGUACUGUCUUGCUAUCAUGAGAAUGAUUCUCGAGAAGUUCCAGACUGAGAUUGGCAAUGAUGCCAUGUGGCCUACCUUUGACCACUCUGUCGAUCCCUCCAACUCACAGUGGACACCUGACGCCAUCAAGCAAUUUUUCCACGGCAACAAAACCCACAAGACCAUGCAACUGCUGGUAUUGCGAGUCAUUUGGGCAUGCAGACCAGAAUCAGCGGAUCCAAUUGGACAAGGCCUUACUAGUGUCACUCUUGUCAACCAGAUCCUAGCUGGAGUGUCUCAAUCAGCAGUCAUCGAAUGGUCUCACAAGAACGCAGUCAUCGUGCGCAAGUUGCAAGAAAAGUGCCUUGUGCCCGACAUGCUCCCUGCUCUCCGUUUCCAGGUUCUCACUUUCCUAAGCUCUCUGUCUGACAAGGUCAUGCUGCCGUCCCAAGCAACGCUUUUCUAUGAGAGAUCGCUGCUGGAGUUGAGCGCUGCCUUUCUCAAACACGAAUAUCUGGACCUUUCCCUCCACCUAUCACUUUGCCGCUUGUCCUUAAAGUUCAAGCCUGAAUGGUGGGGAGAACUUCUAGACAAAGUCAUGAGUUUGUUGACAGACUCGCCGCCAACUGUCUUGUUCGACUCGGCCGAUAGCUAUAUAUUGUUCCUUGGUUAUAUUGCUGAUAUGGUCGAAGACAACGAGUCUUGUCGCCGUGGUAUACUUGCAACUCUGCAUUCUGGUCACAAUCGUCAGAAGCUAGAGUACUUCUUCGCUGACCUGGAGACCUUACCUGAAAUUGAUGCAGGACACAGCACAAACAGGUUCUGCGUCGCUUCUUACACAUCCUUGAGGAACAAGUUGAAGUCUUCGCUUUGCUCUCUGUUGCUUCGUGCGGCUCUUGCUGCUCCACAAGAGGAGACUUCCUCGAUACGUCGAAUGUUGCCUGAGAUUCUUAGACAUCAUGCAAUUGUUGAGUCAAGCAAAUCAAUCUGUCCUAUCUGUGUUCAAACAAGACUGAAAGCACCACAACGUCCAACGCCAUUUGUGGAAAUCGAAGCCACNCCCGAAUCUCAGGAUGCAAGUCUGCAUUGGAAGGAGCGUUUGGGUGCAGUGAUGCAGACACACGCAAAGUAUCAAGAAACGUCUCUGGUAGCAUCUUUCAUCAAAAUCUGUCACGACCUGGAAGCGCGAUGCGAGAGUGUUGAAGAGCCGUUGAGGUUGGAGCGUCAAAAGUCCACAGAUCUCGAGAAACGAUAUGCAGACCUGAACAAAGCUUAUGGAGAGCUGGAGGGUCAAGUUAUGGAUAGAGACCUACGCAUCAACGCCCUCGAAGCGGAAAACGACCGUCACGAGAACGAUCUUGCAGCUUCUUCUCAGGAAGCACGAGAUCUGAUGCAGCGAAUUGACACAAUUACCCGGGAGCUUCAAGAGGCCAACCACAAUGCUCAGCGAGAUAUUGAUCAGCUCAAGCAGGAGAGGCAAGACCUGGAAGUACAGCAUGCUACCAAUAUUGCCUGCAAGCAGGAGGCUUUCGAGCAAGUACGUGAAGAACUUCACCAGGCCAGAUUAGAUACCGAGCAUCUACGCUCCGAAUUGAGCAACACGAUGGACUUGAGAAGGCACAAUAACACUGAAUACGAGAAGUUGCAACUUGAGAAGGAGCAUGUUGAGCAACAGCUUUUGGAGAGCCAAGAGCGCAUCUCGCAGAUCGAGGAAGAACGAGCAACCUUGCUUGAAGGUCACAGUCUGCUUGAACAAGAUAUUCUCAGGCUCCAACAAGACAUCAAUGGACGUCAGGUGCAACAUGAGAAUCUUCUCACCGAAAUCCGAGCCACCAAACAAAACUCGGAGGAUGAAGCCAGAAAGACCGCCACGGCGUUUGAGGAUGCUAUGUCAAGAGCAAAGCAAGAAUGGAUGAGCAUCAAGAGCCAUCUCGAGGAGCANAUUGGAAGAAGCUCGACAAGAUCUUGCCGAGGCAGAAGAUGGCUUCCAGCAACAACACGAAGCAAACAAGCAAAGACUGCCGACCUUCGUAAGCGUAUCGAGCGCUUGACAAAGGACUGCACGAAGAAGGAUGCUCAAGUUCUUGAGGCGCAGGAAAUGAGGAACCGACUGAUGAACGCCAUGGGACUUACUGGCAUGAUGGCUCCACCUCAGGAGCCUGUGAUAAGGUCGUCAGUACUGCCCGUGCGGUCUGCCUCUACCAACUCGUCCACGCCACGGACCGGGUUGCCAUCACAAAUUCCUUUCACACCCGCAGCUGGUGCACAGCAUUCUGACGAUCAGCAUGAAGACGAAGAACCAAAUAGUACGUUCAUGUCUGACGCCUCGGCAGAUAAUGGACCUACUCCAAAGCGUGCAAGGUCCCGACCAUCACUGAGGCCAGCGAGUACACAAGAGAAGAGAACAAGCAUGGUGCCGAGGUCUGCAAGAGCUAUGAUGCGAACAAAGAGUGCUAUCAAGAGACAGCCUCUGCAGGAUAUGCCGACCAAUCGUUCGCCUGUACGAGCAAGAUCGCCGAGCAAAGUCGCAUUUCAUGAUCUCCAGAACCAUGGAUUCGGAAUCAACACUGCCGAGAGACGGGAGCUAGAAGAUUGGUCAUUUUCUGCAGACCAUAUAAUGACAGGCACGCCAGGUGUUGGUUUGGGUGAUAAGGGAGAGGAUGUUUUGGAUGCAAGUACCACAGAUGUUUAG